AUGCGGUUCCUCUAUUCGUGCAAGACGAAAUCGAAGGACGCGGAUUCGCCAAAGAAGUUGCUGCAGGAGUGCCUCAGCGAAAAGAACUCCCACAAGAACGCCUCUGGCGACGACAACGAGACGGCAGGCGCGCAUAAACUGCCCCAUUCUCCCGAGUCCACGUCGCGGAAUCGACAGGGCAGCACGAACCACCGCGCCAACAUAGGGGAUUGUGCGUCGAAUUUGCCACUUACAGGUCCGCCGUCACCGUCUACAAAAAGUCGGUUGCACUGCGACAGUGUCAGCAGCAGCAGCAGCAGUUACCAGCGGCAAGUCUCGCAGCGCGAGGGGGCAAGCGACGUGGCAACGCCACCACUUCAACGAGUCAGUGCUACCUUCCCCGGCUCCCCCAAUCCACGGGCUAGUCGCAACACCGACUUUCCGAUGUGUGGCGCAACCACCGGAUUCUCAGUUCGCGGAUUGUCUGCAACUGAGCCCCCGGCAGCACCGUUCUCUUUGCCGAAGGAAGCCGACAAGGGCAUGGUAAUGCUGCCCGCCGUAGACUUGUUACACUCGCUGCGUACACCGAGUCACUACAGCGACUCCUGCGCGCCAACCUCGACCGACCGGAAAUACUCGUCACCGGCAUCGAGAUCUGCCACCAUAAACAGCACCCCGGCCACUUCGCGGUCGGACGUUACGUCCGCGACGCAGCAGCCUCCUGUGACGCGGCUGUCGCCCGCCGAUAUCCGUACUGUGUGGAGGCCCGCCGUCCAUGUGUUGGAACCUCUGCCUGGGGACAGUGGCAAGACGCCGCCAACGGGGUUCCCCGACAGAACGGCCGUCCCCUCGCCGCCAGAUUUGUCCACCGCCAGUGCUUCAAAGGAGCAGCAGUCGGCUUGGUCGAAGUCGCACGUUGCCGCCCCGGCAGUUGUUCCGCCUCCUCCGCCGCCUCUGCCAACAAAAGGCCCCUCCUCCCCCGUCUUCACUGCAAUGGAGUCGGUUCCGAAGAGGCGCAGCUCCUCCUUCCGCGUCCUCAAGUCCCGCAAAGGCGCAUGCGAAGGGGUGAGCAGCGCCUCGGGAGAAUCCAUUUCCACGAGCACAAACAGCAACGGGAGCAGUGACACCAUCGCCGCUCUCAUCAAGGGCAACGCAGCCGCAGGUGUGAGUGAUAGCAGCAAUAGCGUCAACGGGGUGACGUUCGACUCCUUCCGCAAGGAGCACCGGGUGAAUUGCGAACGCACCGGAAUGGGCGCUCAACCCUCGCGGCGCGAGCUGGUUACCAGGUUCGCAGACACUGUUGACGACAGCCCGCGGUACCCAAAGAGAAAUCCCUCUGUCGUCGUCCACAUCGUUCCCACCCCACCACCGAUGAAUGUUGGAAAGCUGGAUUCUUUCCGUUGCACUGUCAGCACUCUGCAGAGUAACACAGGUCGGACGAAUAGUAUAUACAGCAAUCACAGCGCGCAGAGUACAAGUGACGAGACAGUCUCUCUUGAGAACCCCCCCUCAGUCCGUCGAUCGCAGCGCUCGAGUAUCCGCUUGACGACGCCGCGUUCCACGGUCAGGGCUAUCAGCAACUGCAGCCUCAGCUUAGAUGACGUGCCGCGACCGCUGACUCGUCACGCCUCCACUCUGUCGACGGAGCAGCAGGAGGCGCUGCGCCGCACCCCGUCCUUCCUCAGCCGCGUGCACACGCCGCCGCCGUUGGGCUUGAGGGAGUUAGUGCAGAUGCGCAAAGGCCGCCGUGUGCUGCAGGUGCGCUGCAACACGCCAGACGCGCACGCUGCCGCUCCUGUGGUGCUUCCGGAAAGCGAGCAGUCGCUUAGCAGCAACUCCAUGGUAAUGCUCAGCGGACUACUUCCAUCUGUCAGCGACGAUGGAAAGUUAGCCGCUCUUUCAUCGGCGAGAAGCAGCGACCACGGCUCACCGGUCCCUGGGCGUGACAAGAAUGCCAAUGUGAGUCGGCAGCCUUCGAAGGACCUGGCAGCAACCGGUUCUGGAGCCACGUCUUCGAAUGGUUCCUCAGCCCCGGGUUCCCGCAACGGCAGACGCGCGGCGGAGUGGUGGGCCAACGGUGCAAAGUUGCCGUCAGAGGCAGGCGCGUCCUCGGAUGCGCCUAAGCUACCCGACGGCGAGACGAUCAAGUCCCCACCGCAGCCGCACUGCAUUCCCUUACCUCCGCCCUUCCGCCACAGUUAUACACCAGAACCGCAGCUGCCGGCAGUCUCGCCGCCGCCGCUGUCCCGCUCGCCGGACCCGCUCGUCACAUCCGCCUCAGCGAGUAAGAGUGAGCCGAAGAUAGCUGCGAGUGUGCACCCAGCGACAACUACGUCAGCAGCAGGAAACAUCAAGCGUGCCCCGGUCUCCCCAGUGAGCCAGGACCUACACAAGAAGCCGUCCUCCAACACGUCACUCCUUCUCGACGAGGUGGCUGCUUUCGAUUAUUAUGGGUUGUACAUGCUGUCCACACCGCAGUUCAGCAUAAAGCCGGAGCACCGCACCACGGACACCACCACACCCGCCGGCGAGAGCGCCAGUGCCGCUUCCAUCGACGAGGUGAUACGAGGCCAGCAGCAACGGUCGAAGCAAGAGUCGAAGCCGCAGAAGCUGGAGACGGCGUGCAACAGCACUGCCGACGGCGCAGCUGUCGAGGCAAAGAAGCGAAACGAUGUCAGCAUCACCCUAUCAGAAAGUGUGAGGCUGAGCGUCGUGGAUUUGCUCGCUGCGGCGUCUGGGGAGGCUUUAACCGAGGCUACCGACGCGAGAAACGGCGAGGGGGUCACUUCCCCCGUGACACCCAACCCGAACAAGUCGUCACCGAAGGACGUACCCGCAGUGCGGCGGGCAUGCCGCCAGCGUGUAGUCAGCGCGUACGCUGACGAGGACGAGGACGGGUUUUUCCAGAUGGCUCGCACGACCCUGACUUCCGCCAACACAUCCUCGAAGCCGCAGGGAAAUUCCUACGGAAGACUUUCCCUUGGGCCCGCACCGCGGCGAGUAAAUGGGUACGACUGCUUCACUUCAGCUCUCAGCACUGCGAAGUCCUUCUCGUCCUCAGGAGAGGCCUUACCGACGCUGCCUGUGAAUACCGUAGCGCCGUCUCGGGUGCUGGUCACCACGGCGGUAGCGGCGCCUUCGCGUGCGCAGCUCCACCUCUCCUCGUCCUCUUCAUUGUCGUCUGAGGAGGAGUAUGGAAACCUGCUGGAGGGCUUCCGCCCGGCCGGUUUCGAUGCCCAUCGCGGGGCCCGCAGCAGUAGUACCAUAGUGUUCUACCUCAACAAGGAGGAUAGUCUGAGCAGUCUGGACGUUGUGGUGAGGGCGGCCAGCAACGCACACGGCAGCGGGGCGACUCCAUCGUCGCUUAUUGACUCGAAGUUAUCGCCGCAAAACGAGAAGCUGCAGUCCAAGUGUUCGACGCUGAGGCUCUCCACCAUAGUGACGACCGGCGGUGGCGGCGCGCGGCCGCAUGUUACCUUUGACCCCUACGUCGAGGAGAGCACGCGCCUGGUGGCUCAGCUCAUGCCCUCCGCGCCAAGCAGCAUUCUUCCCGACUCGCAUAUGACGAAGAGCUUCAUCUCGUCCUCCAAUCUAGACCCGUACGGCCUGACCAUGGACUCCAGUCUUCCCUCGCUACAGUUGAACGCGAACACACGAGGCUCGAGGACGGCACUGGGCGGCCACUCGGUGUCUGGGGUGCAGAGUAAGCCCUCCAACAUCUCCGGGCCCGUCAGCAUCUUCCUUGGGACGACUGUUCGCUUCGCACCGGACAAGAGUAAGAUGCACCGACCAUUGGCAAACACGUUUGGGUACACAAACGCACAGCGUCGUGCCCGAGCAGCCGCGAUGGCGGCAGGGGUGAGCGCGGAGGAGUGGGCCCGGGCUGCUGGCAUCGACGAGGACACUGUGGACAGCGAGGAGGGCGUCUACGGCGAGGUGUACACGGAUGAGAAUGGCGACGAGUGGUACUGGGAGGAGGUGGAGGACGAAGAGGAGGUGGAGGACGAGGUGGAGGUGGACGAGGAGGGUGAGGAGUACGAGGACAAGGGAGACGACGAAGAGGAGAACGCCGGCAACACCGAGGGCGCCCCCUCCACCGCUACACGCUAG